CUGACUUGAGUUACACAGCAAGUGCGGAGCAGCACACACUCCGAGAAAAAGACGCAGCGGAGCCCUCGUUUCGUCAACAACCACUUCAUCGGGGAGUAAGGACGAAACACUCGCCCUUGACUUUCGUGAUAGUUUCACUUGAUCAUUCUUGUUAAUUUGAUUUUAUUCGUCGUAAAGCAGGACUUGUAAUCAAGCGUCGCGCAGUCGUCCGGUGGAUUUACCAGGAAUAAUUCAUCCUCGUUUCCUGAUUCUUUCUAGUUUUUCGUCCAAAGUCUGAAUCUGAGCGAGAGUAUAAAUACUCCAAGGAAGACAUCGCCUUGACCUCCAGCAAGAAACCAGCAACUCUUAUUCACCGACGACGAGAAGGACCUUUGCUUUAAACAACAGCCCGUUUUAUUCGCUCUUCGAAGAAGCAUUGAAAGGGAUUUUUAAAUCACUUUUUGGAAUCGAAUCUGUUCAUCUUCACCUGUUUAAAAGGAUAUAUUUCAAAAGCUCACCUUUUGGGUUCCACAGAAGUGAGAAAGUCGAAGGAGCUUGGGAUAACAUCAGGGUUUCAGAAGCAGCCCCUUAACUAUGGAAUUUCAGAACUACUGAGGGCACGUUCACAAAAGGAGGGAACAGGGGCCGGCAUUGCAAACAAAAGGAAAGGAUUGAGCUUUUCAAAAGAGGAUCAGUUCUUUCGGACUCAGUGGGGUGCAUGCUGCCCCCUCAACUGGACGUCCUCUUUUGUGCGAGUGAUAGAAAAUAAAAGCAGGCAUGCGCAAUAAACCGAGAGAGUUCCGGGAUGUGGGAUGCCCCAUGCUGGGGCACAGGACUCUUGUGGUGCUACUGGCCAUAAUAAUGCUGUUGGUACCGGAAAUGCAGGCAUCCUGGGACCAGAAUCCAAUGGAAGUUCCAGGGGACGUACGACAACUUGAGGCAUCUAUGCAGUCAGCGGUUCUGUCAGACCUCCUUGAGUCGGAAGCAGCGGCUGCGGCAAUGUCACAGCACAAUGGCUUGCCAGACUCCUCGGCAGUGGUUGGCAGGGUGUUCCAAAUGCGGGUGCCCACCAAAGCCAAGGACUCCAAGAGCAUUGUAAAGAUCACAGAAGCAAGCAAAGAUGCGCUCCCAGCAUGGUUGCAUUGGGAUCCGGAGAGCGGCACACUUCAAGGCCUUCCUUUAGAGACCGAUAAGGGUGUUCACUACAUAUCUGUUUCUGUUUCCAAUGAGAGCCAAGUUUCACAAAGCCCAGAUGUGUUCUCCAUUGAGGUGCACCCAGAGGAGCAUGCUGAUAUGGACCCUUUUCAGCUUGCAGUCCAAUCAGCCAGCAAUUAUGUCCAACCUUUUAUCUGUGGCAUUGAGGAUCCUGUAACAGUACUCACCGUUAUACUGGAUGCUGACCUCACAAAGAUGAGUUCCAAGCAGAGGGUGGAGCUACUUGCCAACAUGAAAAAAUUCUCUGGAAUGCGGCUUCAGCACAUGAAGAUUUUGCCUGUGGUAAACAACCGUUUAUUCGACAUGUCUGCUUUCAUGGCAGGACCGGGCAAUGCCAAAAAAGUGGUUGAAAAUGGUGCCCUUUUGUCCUGGAAACUUGGCUGCAGUCUCGAUCAAAGCAGCAUUCCUGAUAUCAGUAGUGUUCAGGUCCCAGCAAAAGAGGGGACCAUGUCUGCACAGUUAGGAUAUCCAGUGGUUGGAUGGCACAUUGCUAACAAGAAGCCCCAUGUGCCCAAAAGGGUGCGAAGGCAGCUUAACAACACCCCCACACCCAUUCCUUCAUUACUCCCCCCAACAUCUUACCCUGAGCCCCCCAUUCGUAUUGUUCCCACACCAACCUCACCUUCUAUAGCUCCUACCUCAGAUAGUUCUGCCCCACCUGUUCGUGGUCCUGUGCCACUACCUGUGAAACCCACCAUUCGAACACAAAAUCCAAUUGCCUACACUCCAACCUUAGGCCCACCUCAGCCUACGAGAAUAAUGGAAACCACCAGCACUAUUGCCAUCCAGCCCACUAUUACCAGGCCCGUUUAUGUUGGGCCCUCUGUGACCCCAGCAACACCCACCACCAGGAAACCAACAAGGAGACCUGGAAAGAAACAAAAGACAACCCCUAUACCAAGAGAACCUAAGACCACUACAACCAAGCCACCAAGACGCACCACACCCUCAGUUGUCCUGCCCGAUGGCAAUAGUAAACCCCAGUUGCGUAACCCAGUUGAUCAGGUAAAUGCCUAUGUUGGCACAUACUUUGAGGUGAAGGUUCCAUCGGAUACGUUUUUCGACAAAGAGGAUGGUACUACAGAUAAGUUGAGGCUAACUCUGCGAAAGGGCAAUGAUGUUGUUGCGGAUGAUUCUUGGAUACAGUUCAAUAGUACAAGCCAGUUACUCUAUGGAUUACCGGACCAGGAACAUGAAGGAAAACAUGAGUAUUUCAUGCAGGCAACUGACAAAGGAGGUCUCUAUGCAAUUGAUGCAUUUGAGGUCCGUGUCAAUCGCUGGGGAAACAACGUUAAGGCACCAGUGCUGUUUACAGUCGUAUUUGAUGGGGAUGCACGUACAGUGACCAGUGACAUUCACAAGAAGAUCCUUCUUGUCAAGAAACUGGCCCAAUCAUUUGGUGAUCGUAACAGCAGCACUGUUACGCUGAAGAACAUCCUCAAGGGCUCCAUCAUAGUGGAAUGGACUAACAACAGCCUUCAGCAAAGCCCCUGUCCGAAAGAACAAAUACAGCAUUUAAGCAAAAGGAUCUCUGAUCAUGAGGGUAGACCCUCUUCACAGUUCAGAUAUGUCAUGGAACCAGACUUCAAGCCCUCAAAUGUCACAGUCAAAGGCACAGGAACAUGCCGUAACUACAUGUUUGUCCCGGUCGGUGAGAUUCCAGAUGCAACCACUUCGCCUGUUACUCCCGCCGUGGGUGCCGGAAGACAGAGCACGGAUGAUGUGUACCUUCACACAGUCAUACCUGCUGUGGUUGUGGCAGCUAUUUUGCUGAUAGCAGGAAUAAUUGCGAUGAUCUGCUACCGCAAGAAACGCAAGGGCAAGCUGACUAUCGAAGACCAGGCAACUUUCAUCAAGAAAGGAGUCCCCAUCAUUUUUGCAGAUGAGCUUGAUGACUCCAAGCCACCCCCUUCUUCCAGCAUGCCUCUUAUCCUUCAGGAGGAAAAACCUCCUCUUCCACCUCCAGAGUAUCCCAACAUGGCUAGUCCAGAAACAACACCUCUUAACCAGGACCUUUUGGGAGAGUACACACCUCUACAUGAUGAGGAUCCUAAUGCCCCUCCUUACCAUCCUCCACCACCCUUCACUGUCCCAAUGGAGGGUAAAGGAUCCCGCCCUAAGAACAUGACCCCCUACAGAUCCCCACCCCCUUACGUGCCACCCUAAUGUUUGCAGAACCCUCCGGAGCAGGAGGAUCAGAAACUUUCAUAGUUCCACACCAAUAUUGUCUCUUUGCAUUACUGGAUUUUUAGAAGUGGGACACUGCAAAUCAGGGUUUGGGGUUUGAAUGUGAUGGGAUGUUUUUGUUAAACAUGACACUUGAAGAAGUGAUGGGGUGGGGGGGGUGGUUGGAAGUGGAUAGCCUGCAAAGAACAGAAAUAACAACCUCAGCCUCUGACUACUUUGGUUAUUGCUAAACUGCUGGGUAUGUACCCUCCGAUCCUGGCACUUUUGUGUCUAGAUGGGCUUUUCGACUAAUUAUUGUUUUAUUUAAUGUUUUUUGUUAUAUCUUUUUUUUUUUUUUCUUCAGACUCAAAAUCAAACUUGUUGCCUAACAGCACUCUUUCUAUCUCCUGAAUUCAUUAAUCUUGAAUAAUAUAAGUGGACAAUAAAGCUGACUGUGGGUGCAAAAGGUUUAAUAGAGAAAUUCAAUAACAGGUGUGGAAUAAAAGAAUGGCCUUGAGAGACUUGGACAGCCAUGCAGACAGUUUUGUGGGAUGUCGAUUCAUUAUGGUUUUGCCUUUUAACAUGAAAGUAAACUCUUUUUUUUAUUGUUCUUCACAUGUCUAGUUAAAAUCAGUACAUAAAGAGGUAGCCAAAACGAAAGAUUUGUUUAAUCCACUGUAUAUUUAAAAGUUUGUUAUGCCUAGAUCAACUUCAUUAAUUUUUAUUAUAAAUAUAUAUUUUUUACUUUUAAGUAUUACACUGAAACAAACUAUUUUCCACCCCUCAAUCAUGAAAAUAAAAAUAUUUACUCACCGCA